AUGCCCAUCUUGCCCCAACAGAACAACAAUGACCUGUUCCCGUCCAAUCUGGGCCCCGAGUACGUCGGCUUCGACCACAUCCACUGGUGGGUUGGCAACGCCAAACAAGCCGCCUCGUACUACAUCACCCGCAUGGGAUUCCGCCCGAUCGCCUAUCGCGGACCAGAAACCGGAUCGGCAUGUUUGACCAGCUACGUCGUCGGGAACGGGGACGCGGUGUUUGUCCUCACUGCUCCCGUGUGCCCACCUGGCAAGACCACAGAUGAGCAACAAUUAUCAUCAACAGCUACAAAGGAAGACCGGGCUGCGCUGGCUGCGGUCCACGCGCAUUUAACGGCUCACGGAGACGGGGUCAAGGAUGUUGCGUUCCGGAUCAAGGGGGAUAUCGGGGCCGUGUGGAAGCGGGCUGUCACGCACGGCGCGGAUGCGCUUGCGUCGCCGGCGGCGAUUGCUGUUGAUGGGCAUGGCGCGAUCCAGAUCGCUACAAUAGGCACGUACGGCGACACGGUGCAUUCGCUGGUGAAUCGCGACGAGUACUCCGCCCAAGCGCCCUUCCUGCCGGGGUACCGUGUGCUACAUGGCGACGACGACGAUCCCAUCAACACCCUCCUGCCGCCGAUCGAGUUCGUGGAGAUUGAUCACUGCGUGGGGAAUCAGUCCUGGGGGGGCGUGGACAAGGUAGUGCGAUAUUAUGAAGAAUGUCUCGAUUUCCAUCGCUACUGGACCGUGGACGACAAGGAUAUGUGCAGUGAGUACUCGGCGAUGCGCUCAAUUGUGGUCGCGUCCCCGAACGAAACGAUCAAGAUGCCAAUGAACGAGCCUGCGACGGGGAAGAAGAAGUCCCAAAUACAAGAAUUUGUAGAAUACUACCACGGCCCCGGCGUACAACACAUAGCCUUCCUGACCCUGGACAUCGUUACCGCCGUAUCCCGGCUCUGCUCACGCGGUGUGCAAUUCCUCCACGUUCCCCCAGCCUACUACACCGAUCUGCGCGCGCGCCUCUCGCACGUCCCCUGGACGCUAGACGCCGACCUGGCCGAGCUGCAGCGGCUGAAUAUCCUGGUUGAUUUCGAUGAGCGCGGAUACCUGCUCCAGAUCUUUGCGAAGCAUGUUGGGGAUCGGCCGACGGUGUUUGUGGAGGUGAUCCAGCGGAGGGGAUUUGAUGGUUUCGGAGCGGGCAAUUUCAAGAGUCUUUUUGAGGCGUUUGAGAGGGAACAGGCGCGCAGGGGGACUUUAUGA